CCGCCCGGAGGCGGCCCCGGGGCGGGGCAGCGGCGGGGGUCCCGUCCCCAGUACUGUCCCCGGUCCCACCCCGGUGCCGGCCCCGUCCCGGCCGCGCUGCCCAGCGGCAGAGAGUACAGGAGCCACUGGGUGAUCUCACAGGAAUCAGCAUGCGUUGUGCCUGCUCCUGGCAUGGUAGCUCACGCUGCCCAUCAGGGCUCUACCAGGAGCUGGCCUCUCUGUCUCUCAUGUGUUGGAUGUCCUGAUGAAGGAAGCUCUGUCUGGCUUCAUCCUGACAAAGUAUGACAGCCCCAGCUCCCAGUUUGAAGCAUCAUGACACCUACCUUAACUGGUCUUCCUCUGAAUAUUUGGGAUGCCUUUAUGAAGCAUCACUAAGAAGUGCUCAAGAUCAUCUGAUAUCCUUGGAAAGAUGUGCAGAGCUUUAUAUCUCCAUAAGUAGUCUAAAGACUAAUACCAUUUUUUUAAUAAAGAAAAAUAAGUUUAAGGAAAAAAUAAACUUUCAUGGUCUUUUUGGGUAACCCUGGCCUCAGGUGUGCCUGAGCAGCUGGAGCAUUUGGGGGUGAGGAGCACGUAUCCACCCAAUGGUCCUACCUUCCUACACUCCCCCACUUGGCAGACCCGUCAUGGAAGAUCUGCUCACUGCUGCAGAGGACAGGUCUCAGAAAGGAAAAGUGCAAGUCAGAAAUGGCUGCUUCUCCUUCAUCCCUGGAUUCAUUUCACCAGGCAGGGCAGAUUUCAAUAUUAGAAAUCUCUGCUCCUGAUCCGGUAGUUAAAUCCUCAAUGAGAAAGCAUUUCUGAAGACCGGUCUUGACCAUAACUCUCCACAGCACAUUAUAACAGUUCACAACAUAUCACUUCCUAUGUACUGGGCUUGGUAAAUGUGCUAAACUUGAAAGAGUAAAGGGAUCAAAACUGAGGGGACGGAGCAGUGUUGUAUAUAGUCUUUACAAGCUGCUGAGUGUCUUUCAAAGAAGACAAACUGGGACAGUGCUAUUUCACCAACGCUCACUGGGGAGAGGCGCUGGGAGAGCAAUAAUGUUCUUUUUACCCUCUCACACUUUUCCCAAGAUCUAUGCUUCAACUCUCUGGAAGCUAAACCAUCAGAAAAGCUUCAUUUGAUCACGAUGUGUCUUGUGGUAGAACAAGCUCUGAUGGGAACAAGAAUGCUCAGGAUGCCCAACUGCCUGCUAAAACUGACCCGGUUGGUGCUGAGCCACAAGCUGAGGGCCCUCUUCAUCCUCACCUUUAAGUUCAUGUCCUUUGUCUCCAUCCUGUUGUACUGGAGAAUCACGGAGGAUGCUAAGGUCAGGGACCAAGUCUACAGCUUGCCUACUGAAAUCCACUGUGCUCACUCUGUGCCAUCUCCCGCCCGUCCCGUUGCUGAUGGGCCUCCUCCUCCACCUGGGGAUGUGUUUUUUGUGGAGACCUCUGAGCGAAUCAACCCAAAUGACCUGUUCACAUGCUCUGUGGAGUCAGCUGCACGGACACACCCUGGGACAAGGGUUGUGGUGCUCAUGAAAGGCUUGGCCAAAAGAAAUGCCUCGUUACCCAACCACUGGGGCUUCUCAUUGCUGAGCUGCUUCCCCAAUGUGGAAAUCCGGCCCUUGGAUUUGCCAGAGCUUUUCUCUGGGACACCUCUGGCAAAGUGGUACUCGCAGGCUCAGCAGCGCUGGGAGCCUUAUUUCUUCCCCAUCCUGUCUGAUGCCUGCAGAAUUGCCAUCAUGUGGAAAUUUGGUGGCAUCUACCUGGACACAGACUUCAUUGUGCUUAAGAACUUAAAGAACCUCACCAAUGUGCUUGGUACCCAGUCCAAGUAUGUACUGAACGGGGCCUUUCUAUCCUUUAAGCCCAGACACAAGUUCAUAGAGCUUUGCAUGCAGGACUUUGUGGAGAACUACAACAGCUGGAUCUGGGGGCAUCAAGGCCCACAGCUCCUAACGCGUGUCUUCAAGAAGUGGUGCUCCAUCAGGAGUCUUCGGAGCAGUAAGAGCUGCAAAGGGGUAAGUGCUCUUCCCCGGGAGGCUUUUUAUCCCAUUCGGUGGCAGGACUGGAAGAAAUACUUUGAAGUGGUGAGCUCCUCAGAGCUUCAGGAACUCCUAAAGAACACCUAUGCAGUGCAUGUAUGGAACAAGAAGAGCCAAGGGACAAGGCUAAAGAUCACAUCACAGGCGUUGCUGGCUCAACUGCAUUCUCACUUCUGCCCUGCCACGUAUGAUAUCUUGAAGAUGGAUUCUGAACGGCAGUGACUCCAAGGAUCAGCUAAGAGAAGUUGCCUGGGAGCCCCUAUCCCCUGAGCUGUUCUAUCACAGAUGAACCCUCUUUUGAAACAAGGUGGUGGGAGUUCACGAGAAAAGAUAUUUGUGGGGUGUAGGUGGAGCCCAUGGUUUCAGACCAUCUGUGCAGCCUUUUGCCUUGGCUUUAACAACAUUUUGGUCCUCUGCAGGACCCUUCUUCUGCUCUGCUUGGUCUGGUGGAGAAAUGUCAGAAGGGAAGUGAGUGCUGGUCCACUUGUGGCAGCCCCUUCCUUACUCGGAGGACUAAGAUCCCUUGCUAUGACUUCAAAUUUGGAAGGGACCUUUGUAGAAAUGUGUAUCUCAUCUUCUGUCACUGACUCUCAAAGCACCAAAAGGAUGGGAGAACAAAGAACAAGAACUGAAGGAGUUAAGGGUGUGCUAGAGGAAGUGUCCUGAAAAAAAAUGUAGAAGAAAACAAAGGAAACAAAGAAAGGGGAAAUGGCUAAAGCAACGCCUCGCCUCGCCUCGCCUCGCCUCGCCUCGCCUCGCCUCGCCUCCUCCCCUUCCCCAGACUUUGGUGGAAGGGACUUUUUCAUCUGUGGUUUGAGCACAGAGCAGAACAGUGGAGCCUCUGUUCAGUGUCAGAUCCCAGGACUUGCUUGAAACUUUGGUGUGAAUCAGAACAAGAGGAUCUGAGGCCAGUUAAUCAUUUAUAAAGAGCUCUUGCACAGCAAUGUUUUAUUUUAUAUUAAUGGCAAAUUAACACCCUGUGAUGAGUAGGAGAGCUCUUCCAAAUACAGCUUAAAUUUCAUGUGACACAGGAAGAACUGAACUAUCUUAUCCACUGGUUUUGUAAGUGUGAGCAAAUAUCAAUAACUGCAUCUAGUAUCUUUCAGCACUUGGACUGAUCCUACAGGAAAGAGGUGAUGUUUCUAAAUAUUCCCAAGACUAAAGAGAGUUUGAUAGGAAAUCUAUACUGUCUAAAUGCAAGUCAAGGAACCGAACCAUUUAUGGUGGACCUCUUCAAGUAGUUUGGAGCCCUCCUGUAAUUCACUGUGCAGGAGCAGAAGUCUCUCCUGGGAGGUCUUGAGAAGUACAGUCAAAAGAUUUAAUCUUUUAUUGUGAGUGUUUCACUUAACUGCAAUCGAAAAAGUUAAUGUAUUUCUUUUAAGGUGCUGUUGUGCCUUUGAGGGUUCCCAACAUAGAGGAUUUUUUUUUUUUUGCACAAAUGGUGGCAGAAAACCCAAAAGGAUAUAUUGAUUCUCCUACAGCUCUUGAUUUUCUUACAGUUCUUUGUCUGAAAAUAUUAGAGAAAGAGCUGCAAGAAGCAGGAGUAAGGUAGAGUCUACCAGUCUCAUUACAUCUGUUCACCACCACAGUCUCAGUAGGUUUGCCAAGGCACAUGAGUGUAACACUAGAAUGGGGUUGACAGAGGUGAACAGAGUAUUGGCCACCCUGUCUCCUGCACUAUUAAGAAGGUGUUCCAAUUACCCUUCUGAUGAUCACAAGUCAGUCAGAUCUCCCAUGUCACCUAGCCUCCUAGCAAGAGCUUUUUCAAGUGGUGCUAGCUGCAGGAUUGUGACUCAGAUGACUGCUAGGUCUGCAUUUGUCUGAGGCCUCUUCUGUUUCCCACAUCAUAUAUAAGAAAGGUGAGGUUUGCUCAGCUUAGCUCAGGCAAAGAAGUAAAAGACUGUGCAUGCGAGGACAACAUUUCUCUGUUUGUCUUAGGUUUAUUUGUCUUUUCUCUGAUGAUAAAAAUGAGAAAGCCAAAUUGCCCAUCACUUUUUCACAACAGCUCCCUGGGGAACACGGCUGUGGAAGCUUAGGAGGGUGUGCACCUUUUGUUUAUUUGUCUGCUGAGCUAUCUGACUGGAAGCUAGUGCUGCUCUACAAUGAAAGCUACCUGCCUUCAAGUUGGGCAGAGUGGCAGCUCCAUGCACAAGCAGCUGCUCUGGAGUGAAGAAGGUUCUGGAAACACCCCUCCACUGGCUGGCACCCCAUGCACGUACAUAUGUAGGUAAUGCCAUGUGCUGGGGCUGGCUAGGAUGGAGUUAACUUCCCCCACAGCAUCCCAUACAGCAGUGCAAUGCUCUACACAUGUAGCUAGAACAGCAUUGGUAUUACACCAGUGCUUUGCCUAUCGCUCAGCUGUGCUCCACAGCACCAAGAUUCUCUCCAAACCCCAGAGACAGCAGGCUGUGGGUGGGCAAGGGGUGGGGAGGGGACAUCACCAGGGCAGCUGACCAAAACUGACCAAAGGGAUAUCCCAUACUGUGUGGUGUCACACUCAGCAAUAAAAGGUGGGGAAGAGGGAGGAGACGGAGCGGGGGGGCUCGUGAUGAAGAUACCCUGUCCUCCCAACCAAUGGCUGCACAUAUUGAGGCCCUGCUGCCCAAGACGUGGCCAGACAUUACUCACUGAUGGGAUGUAGAGAAUAAUGGUUUUCUCUAUUUGUUUCUGUGUGGCAUUUGCUUUUUUUUUUUUUUUCCCUUUAAUUAAACUGUCCUUAUCUCAACCCGUGAGGUUUUUUUUUUUUUUUUUUUUUUUUUUUUUUCACAUCCUAUUUUUUCCACCUGUACCUUUGAGGAGGGAGAGUGAGAGAGAGUGGUGGAGGGAGAGUGGUUCAGCAAGUCAUCAGUGUGAAACCACCAUGUACUCUCUUUUGUUCUGCUCAGCUUUAUAGGUAUAUCCUGCAGACAUUCAGGGUUUUGAAUGUCUGCAGCUCUUCUGGCACUGAAGAAAUUGGACUCAAUGAUCCUUAUGGGUCCUUUCCAAUGCGGGAUAUUCUGUGAUUCUAUGAACAUUUUUAAGAACCUUUAAGAAUGUCUUCUGCUUGUGGGGAGCAGUAGUUUUUCCUGACUGCACUGAGUGGUAUAAGUGGAUGCUAUUUUCACUUCCUACUCUCUCUGUCACUAUUUUUUUUUUUUUUUUAUUCUUCCUCCCACUGCCCCACUGUUUUAUUUAGAUGCAGACAGGGAAUUGUCAGCCAUGGCCUAGUCUGUGGUCACUGGGGAAAGUUUUGCAUAGUUUCUCCUUCUACUGGUUGUUUCUGUUUUGGGCUCUUUGGGCUAAACAAUGGAAAACUUAGUGAACUAGAAACCCUUACCAGAGAUGGUAAAAUGGUGGUUUGUGAUCAUAAAGGCAUAACAGGAUGUCUACUGUGGUAAUUCUAUGAACAGAAUACAGAUGUGUUUGGGACCUACUGCAAUGGAUAUCAGGCUUGGUGUACCAUAGCUUAUUCUAAGAAAGUGCCUUUUUGCAUACAUGUAGUAGUUUUUUCUUGUUUUUCUUUGUUUUCCCUGCUGAGUCAGUGUUCCAAGGUUUGAUAAUCAGAGAAUCAAAGCGAGGUAGACUUUGGCCUCUUUCCCUUUGUCUUGUAAAAGAAAAAUAAAUAUUUUUUUUUACUAUUUCUUCUCUUUGUCAAGAUGUUCUGUUUUGUUCUGAGAGGUGUUGGUGGCAGGUCUGAGCAAUCUGUUAGUUAUUAUGCUGUGAAGUAUUUUAAACUUGUGUCCUGAACUGACUCAAUAAAAUGAGGAGUGUGAAAUGAA